UUCACAAUAGUGCAUUCAAUAAUUUUUUGUGAAUAUACUUGAACUUUUUCAAUUUGAAUUGAAAAAAUAAUUUCAAUUUGUGUGCACGAAAAGACGUUAUUUUUUUGAAAAAAAUAUACAUAAUAAAAAUACGCAAAAUGCCAAAACAGAAUUAUUGCUGUUCCGCCAAACAAUAUUAUUCAUAUAUGAGGAAUUUGGUUGACACGUUGAUUAUAGUUCCGCGUAUGAUUAUAUGCAAAAAAUUGAAGAAAGACGAGCUCUUUAUACAAACUAUUACCAUCAAAAAUAAAGGAUUAUAUCCUCGAAAUAUGACAUAUUACACGGAUAGUCUACUGGAUACCAGCAUCAUAUUGCCUCGAUAUUGGGAACAUACAUACUUGCAACCGGAUGAAAUUUUUGAAAUAAAAGUUGUAAUUAAACCGACUGCGCAAAGUUUGCAUACUAAAUGCAGGCAUGUUUAUAUAGAAUCCGCACAUCCAAAUAUAACUUUCGAAAUUCCCAUUGUAUCAAAAGGAAUGACUCAGGUCUGUUUGCCAAAAUCAAUAGAUUUCCCCUCCACAGCACUUGAUGACAUAGCUUACUAUGAUUUUGUCGCCUACAAUCCAACGAAAGAUGCCCAAACACUUUUAUUUAAAAGCUCUCCAAAGAAUAUCAAGAUCACUCAGGGUAAAAAUCGCAUUCCACACCACGACAGCAUAAAGAUUUUGCUAACUCUCAAAGUGAAUAAUCUUGAUACAAUGCAAGAAGUUAUUAAAACUAGAGUCGAAGGCGUUAAUUUGGAUAUUCAGAUAAUGCAUAGUCCACUAAUAAAUUCAUUUUACAUGAACACAAAUCUCAUAACCUUCGAGGCGUUGAAAUAUGAACGGGAGACAACGCGCAGUUUCAUUAUUUGUAAUGAAUCGAAUGAGGAGAAGCAUUUUACAACAACAUUCUUUAGCGAUCCAAUACAAUUAGCAGACAAUCCUGACUAUAAAUCGGAUGUAAGACAAUCACAGGCAUAUUCAAUACGUAGUUCCAGUUCUUUCAGCAUGAUUCAUUCACCAUUAGCCAACCCAUGUGAUUUAGUGGCUUAUAAACACUUUCAAAUCCCCAAUGAGAAUUUUACGAUUCAAGGCAAAAGUUCAUUAGAGAUCCCUGUACGAUUUUGUCCGGUUACACUUGCAGAGUGUGAUUUUAAGGAUGAAGAGUCCUCACCACACAAAGUGAGGACGAUAUUAUUUCUAACUAUUGGCGAUGAAAUAUCAAUGGUACGUCAACUGAUAAAUUUUCAAGGUGCUAUAAUUGGACCGGAAGUAGAGAUCACGCCAAAAGAAAUUUACAUACGUACCGUUUAUAUGGGGGAAGAACACUGCGCGAUUAUUAAGGUUUUGAACGUGGAUGGUAAAGUGAAUGCGAUUAUCAAGUUCAAAGAUGUUUUUAACUCCGACACUGCCGGUGCUGUUGUACAACCGGAAGAGGGUUACAAUUUGGAACCUUGUCAAAGUGGUAUCUUUCGUAUUUCGUUUUUCUCAAAGGUGAUUGGCGCUUUUGUGGCAAAACUACGUUUUAAGGUCAAAAACGGUAUUAUGGAAGAAGUGAACAUAAGAGGUCACUCCUUGCAUGCGCGCGUUAAAAUGUUUCCAGAUGAAUUGGAUAUUGGUUAUGUACCAUUCGGCAUACCGUGCAAACGUUUCAUAUUGCUAGUGAAUCCAUUUAUGAUGCCGGUUGCGCUACAAUUCACCGUUGGCGAAGAUGGUGACGAGACUCCUUUGGUACUAAAUGUGAACGAUGCUGACGGUUUGCCGGUGAUAACAGUUAAAGAUUAUAUAUCCGCAAUGAUUGCAAUGGCGGAGGAGGAAUUCGAUCCGUAUGCGUAUGAAGGAGAACAAACGGUACAGUUAGUAAGUAAAUCGGAAUCAUUGCUAUCGUAUCGCUCCGUAAGCACCGAACAGUCCACAUGCAGCACAUAUUUCGAAGAGGAAAUCUUGGAGAACAUACCCGACUUCGCCUUCACCAUUAUUCGGCAAUUAAGAGAAGCGCGGCAUUUGGAGAACAAAGAGGUCGAAGAAUGUGUUGUCAGUGCGACUUUAGAUGUGCUACUAAAGACCAAUUACUUCAAUUCGCUCAAACAAUUUGCGAAUUACGCACAAAUGGAUUGGAAUAUUAUACCAUUCAAUCCGAAAGAGAUCUACUGCGAUAAGGAAAUCAUAUAUCUACAACCGAAUGCGGGUAAAACGGUAACGGUACUGCUCAUACCAAACCGCGUCGGCUUAUUCAAUCGUGCGCUUAACGUGCGUAUUUGUCCAAUAACCGAGGAGGAAAUGAAUAUGAAAAAUGUGGAUUUGUCUUGGGAUCUGCGAGACAGCUUUUUUGUAUCAUCGAAAAUGUUUACAACCAAACUUUGGAUGGAAUAUGCCUGCCAUCUGCCGAUUAUUAAUUUCACACAAGAGAUUAGCUACGAAUCGGAAACGACUUACAUCGAUGAUGAGGUGCAAUGUGCUAUGCUCUUUAAGAAUUCAUUCAACGUACCCGGCUUUUUUUACUACGAUGUUAUACCUUCGGAUGAAAGUGGCGAAAUGAUAUUUCCGGAAAAUAUUUUGAAAUUUUUCAUACCCGCAUUUGGACAAGUCGUAGUACAUUCUACGGUAAUAUUUCAUCGCUUGGGCAAAGUUAAGCUCUCUGGACUCAUAAAAAUCGUAGGGAAUUUGAAUGGUUCACCAUUUCAUAUAGUCGCCAAUGUGAAGCCUGUGAAAAUUAAAGUAUCUACGACACGAGUUUAUAGAAGGCAGAGGGUGCUCGAAUCAACUGUGGAACACAUUUAUAUAACAAAUGAUACGCCCACGGUGACGAGAUUCACAGUGAGAUUGAAAAAUUACAAACAUCAAUAUAUUGAGCCUCUUGGCGCCACACUCUCACCAGAAGGACAGGGAACUUAUGUGUCAAUUUUUUCGAAAUUCUACGAUGCCGAAACCUAUCAUAAUACCUUACUCAUAAAUGUGGCGAAUUGUAGUAUCAUAGAAAUACCAAUCAUCUACGUUGUGGAGGGUUCACCCCUUAAUUUGGAACCGGACAUUUUCAAAGGUCAUGAUUGUGGUACACUUAUGGUGAAUUGUUUUGAUGAAUACGAAUCGGAUGUACCAAGGUACCUACAAGAGGUGAAAUUGACGAAUAAUGGCAAGCAUAGAUAUUGCAUAUAUAUAGAUAAACUAAGGAAUAAUGUCACAAAAUGUGCCAUUGAACUUGGACAUGGUCAUGUGACUGUGUCACCGAAAACACUCUGUCUGGCGCCACAAUCGGUGGGUACAUUAUAUAUAACAGCAGAUUCGUGUGAAGCUGGUGAACUUUUUAAUGAAUUUCGUGUGAGAACUAUUGAUCAAGAGCACAAACUAAAAGUGCAUACAAUACGUUUUAUAGCAACCGCUACAUUUGUGGAACCGGAAAUACAUUGGUGUCAGAAAGCAAUCAAUAUGGAGUACAAUAGAACGCAUAUUUUUAAAGAACAUCCGGUGUUGGCCAUAGCAAGUCUAAAGAACAUGGUGGACGUGAAGUGCAAAGUAUGGCUCAAGAGUGUGGGACCUUUUAAAAUAAAGAAUUUUUUUGAGCAAAAUUUCGCCAAAAUCAUAAAUUUUCCCAUGCAAGGUCUGGAACAAAAAGAUAUUAUAAUUGCUCUAAAUAAAUCUGCAAUACGUGACGAAUUCUGCUCUACCGUCGAUGGCCGUAUACUCUGCGAAGCCAAUAAUAAAUAUCAGAGAUCACUGCAGUUGAAAUUGAAAAUACGUAGUCCAGAAUUGAGAAUCAUGCAACCGGAUAUGAUACUAUUUACACGUGAAAACGCGAGUGUCACCUAUGUGGAAUUGCGCAAUAUUUCCUGUUUGAAUGCACAGUACAAAUGGAAGAAAGUCGAAGAGAAAACGACAUAUGUAGCGGAUUAUGACGACACUUAUAAAUUUUCACUGGACAUACUCUCCGAAAUCCUACGUAUGUUGGAUAUUGAUGGCAGCGAUUCAGAUGAAGAUUCAAUUUAUAAAUGGAAUAUGACAUUGCGCUACCAGAAAUAUCGUUGUCGAAUGCAUAAGCUUGAAGACCCGAUUGGCAUUGUUGAAAUCAUCAAUGAAAUCAUAAACAAUUUGGAUUUGGAACAUAAACGUUAUAUAACAAAAGCCGAUGAUCAGUAUGAUGAGUGUUUGAGUGCGCAACGUUGCUCUUCUGGAGAAUUUGUACGCAAAACAUUGGAUGCCGUGCUGUAUGGGCUGAAUUUGGAAGAUUCCUAUGAUAUCUCACAAGAGAGUAUAGAAGAGUGUGAUAGUGAUCGCACCAUACAUUUCAUUGAGAAAAGCGGUCAUAUAGCGAAAUUUAAAACAGCGCAAUGUGCACUAUUUUUACCCCCGGUGAAACCGGGUUAUGCUAAAACGGCGGUUUUUGUACUCGACACAGUUGGUAGUUGUCCUCAACAAUUUGAUAUAACACUAAUUAAUUUGGAAAGAGUUAUGCAAUUCUCUUCCGAAAGUGUAUACCUCGGCAUACAGCCUUGGUAUGAGCUCUUCAGACAAUCGGUGAGAAUUAUAAAUGUCACACAAUAUCCCAUCACAGUUAGUAUAAGUCAUAAAACUGUGGUGGAUAAAAAUCAGCGUCUCAGUCAAGGUUAUGCAAAAAUCAUUGGAGAGAAGACCUUCGACAUUUGCAAAUUCAAAUCAAAACUAUUGACCGUUGAAGGCUUAAUGGGCUUCUCCGAGCAAUUCACACACGACAUACUAGUCAACGCUAAUAAGAGCGAGGAACAGAUUAUACACUUUCGUGGGCAAGGUAUUAUGCCUAUAAUUGAGGUUACCACGAAAUUAGCACGACCUGAGCAGGAUAUGGUAGAAGUAUUGAUGGAAUAUGAAUUGCUACAAUCAAUUUAUUAUUUCGAAGUAUUCAAGUCCAUCACCGAAUACGAUGAGGAUUUGCCAGCGCCAAGAGAGGAGGACAAUGUCAGUAUGUUGACCACCAAAUACUCGAUUAGUAGCUUACAAACGGGCAGCACUAAGAGUACUACGAGUAGUCGCGAGGCACGUUUCUAUCACAUGAUGAGAAGCUAUGUGAUUGUUAAUAAUAAUGCGGAGCUACCACAUGCAAGCGUAUUGGAACAACUGAUUGAGACACAAAAGUUCCUUAGACAAUUGCGGGAAAAUCCAAAAUUGGUUAUGUUGUUGCGUAAAGUGCAUCAGGAGUAUUUGAAAAUGCUCAGCAACUAUGGUGAAUCCAUGCCAAUUAACUUGAAACAUUUCACCACACAACCCUUGCCAUUCCAUCAACAGGGUUUUAUAUUAAAUAUGAAUGUUUUGGUUUUGGGACAGUUGAGAAAGUUCACGAUCGAUUUACAUUUCCACGGACCUGGCAAAUUGAUUGCGUCUGUGCGUACCGAAGUGAAAAUACCCGGAUUAUAUGUGGAUUUCGAAGUGAGAAAGAGUGAAGAUCACGAUUACCUAUUUUUUGCAGCUGAAAAGAAAUCGCCCAGCUUAUUUGGCAAACGCUAUCGGAAUAUGUACGAACGGGUCAUUGAUGCGGAAACAGAUCCAAAAGUGAAGCAUGCACAUUCCUUCGAUUUCGAUAAGACGGAGCAUCAUACACGCUUGGAAGUGGGUGCCAAGGAACGCAAAGAAUUGCAAAACUAUUACAAUAGUUUGAACAAAUCGGUUUAUGAAGAUCAAAAGCAUCACUUUACUUUAUGUAAAAUAUUUAGUAACAGCAAAACGAACUACUACAGUGGCGAGGCACAACUCGUACUGUUGAUAAAGCCAGAAGCAAAGUUCUAUGAAGAGGGACAAAUGCUUGAAGAUUACCUAUACAUCGAUUUGCACUUAGGGCCAACUUUGCCCAUUCUACUACGUGGUAUCAUCUCCAAACAGUAUCGAAAGCAAAACGAUGCGAACAAAUAAAACGAAAUAGAAUGUUUCGGAAAAUUUUUAUAUUUUAGUCACAUGUAAAAUUUUAUUAUUGCUAUAAAUAUAUAAUUAAUAUAUUUAAUAUUAGUGUUUAAAACGCACAUAUACAAUUU